CUCUCAGCUGCCAACAGUAUAAACUUUGAGCUCUUUAAUUGUGAUUGUCUUGAAUUGUCUAGUUUUCUUAAUUGUUGUUAAUUGUUUCGUGUUUUCUUUUCUCUUGUAUUAGAAUAUUUAACAAUCUUUGAUUACACUUUGAUUUCUUGUUGUUGUGUUCACUUGAAAUUAUUUUAGAAUGGAACCGAUUAAAAUUGACAAAUGGGAUGGAAGUGCAUUGAAAAACACUUUGGAUGACUGUUGUCGUGGAGUUUUAAUUGAAAAAUAUGGUUACACUGAAUGUCACAAAUUAAUGGACAUUAGGUUAACCAUUUGUACAGCUGCUGUUGCUUGUGCUGCUUUUGCACUGGUUUACGAUUAUCUUUACGCUUUCCCUGCUUCCAAGAUGGUUCUAAUCUCAUGUUCAUCAACAUAUUUCCUUCUCAUGGGAGUAUUAACCCUGUACACCAAUCUAGUUGAAAAAGGUAUCUUUCUGGUAGCUAAAAAGGUAGACCCAACCGGUAUCGAUCCAACUGGACGUAUAACUGUAUCAUCAUGUUUAAAACGUUUCGAUGAUAUUUAUCAAAUUUGCUUUGAAUAUAAUACCGGUAAAAAAGGAGCUAAAACAAAGGAAAAGACUCUUUCCCGUUCAGUUGCUUCUUGGUUCGAUGAAGAUGGUCAUCUCUUAUUCGAUUCAUUUAAAGCCGAUGUAAUUCAAUUACACAACUCAUUGGUUUCCAAAAAAGAUUUAUAAAACCCUAAACUAAACAAAAUACAACAAAAACAAAAAAAAAAAAAGAACAAUUUCCAACCCUAAUAAUAAUAAAAAAGAAAAUGAUUAAUUUUUAAAUCCAAAA